CAUCAAAAACUGGACUGGACUGGACCGUUCCACUGGAACUAAGUCCAGUUCCAGUCCAAUUUACCAUGUCCAUAAAAGAAGAAGUAAUUGUUGAAUACCAAAGACUUUACAAUUCCCAAAAAGAAAAUAUCCAACAAACUCAAAAGGUUAAAGAAUACGCGCCACAAAGUUUUUUGUUUAAAGUACAUAUUG